GCAGCCGCCGCGGUGGGAAGCGGGCUGAGGACGGUCGGGGGCCCGGAGACCAGCUCGCGGAGAACCUCAGACCGGGAGAGGCCGGGCUCGGCGGGCACCUGUCCAGGCGCGCGGGCUUCAGCGGCCGCGAUGCUGCCAGCAGCGCCGGGCCGGGCGGGCGGGAGUCGGGAAUGGCCCGCAGGCGGCCCAGCGCCCCGAGAAAAUGCAAAAGACAUCAUCAUGAUAUAUGAAGAAGAUGCUGAAGAAUGGGCUCUGUACUUGAGAGAAGUUUUUUCACAUGUUGUGAAAAGGGAAGCAAUCCUGUUAUAUCGCUUGGAGAAUUAUUCUCUUCGGGAUUUGGAAUUGCUAAAUUUAAACUCUUACAAGUGUAAACUUUUGAUAUUAUCAAAUAGCCUGCUUCAAAACCUAUCUUCAAAGAAAUGUCAGUUUCUAGAAAACAUACUGCAUUCGCCAGAAAGUGUGGUUACUCUGCUGUGUGGGAUGAAGAGUUCAGAUCAUCUUUACAAAUUAUUAAAUAUCUCCGGAGGCGGAUGGGAGAUCUCAACUGAGCAGGAGCCUGAAGACUACAUCUCUGUAAUCAAGAGUAUCGUAUUCAGAGGUUCUGAGGACUACCUUGAGGUCAUUAUUCCAACAGACCUAAGAGUGGAACAUUCUGGGCAAAUAAGUGAGAGAAAGGAAAUUGAAGAAUUAUCAGAAGCUUCCAGAAGCACCAUAUCACAGGCAGUGGUGCUUCCUGCUGAGAUUCCAUGUGAGAAUCCUGGUGAAAUAUUUAUUAUUUUGAGAGAUGAAGUAAUUGGUGAUUCUGUGGAGGUUGAAUUUACGUCAAAUAGUAAAUGCAUUAGAACACGGCCAGCUCUCUGGAAUAAGACAGUCUGGUGUAUGAAAGCUUUAGAUUUUCCUGCUGGCUCUGUCAAUGUCAGUGUCUACUGUGAUGGAAUCAUUAAGGCCACAGCAGAGAUUACAUACUAUUCAACCCCAAAGGCUAUGAAAUGCCUAUUGGGAGCGGCAGGUCCAGGAGAUGGUGUGUACCAGAAUGACAUUGACGAACUUGAUCAUAUUCUCACAUCAACAUUCAAACAGGAGAUACCAUAUUAUGAGUUCCGAUCACUCCAAACUGAAAUCUACCCUCAAAAAGGAUAUUCUUAUUUCAAAGAACUUCCAACUCUUCUCCACUGUGCAGCAAAAUUUGGCUUAAAGAACUUGGCUAUUCAUUUGCUUCAAUGUUCAGGAGCAACUUGGGCAUCUAAGAUAAAAAAUUUGGAGGGUUCAGAUCCAGCACAUAUUGCUGAAAGGCAUGGUCACAAAGAACUCAAGAAAAUCUUGGAAGACUUUUCAAUCCAAGAAGUUAGCAGAAAUAAUGAGGAAGAAAAUGACUAUGAAGAGGAUAUUACCUCAUUUUCUACAUGUUCUCCUACAGCCAUACAGAACCCAGCUCUCCAUUAUGAAAGCUGGCGGCCGUACAGGCAGAGGGCCGAAGGAGCAGAGGUGAAUGAAACGGCAGAGGGAGAAAAAGAGCGUGAAUCAGGCGCGGAGGCCAAGCACCGCCCACCAGAGGUCGACAGUGGGAGUGAGAACCAGUAUGAUGACUUGUACACGUUCAUUCCUGGAGACAACCCAGAAAAUAAUUCCCGAGAGCCCCUCGUGAGCAGCAGACCACCUCUCCCUCCACCGCGACCUGUAACAGCUGCCUUCCAACUGGAAAAACCUCACUUCACAUUACAAGCAGGGAAAACGUUGGAACGCCAAAUGGAAAGAAGCCAAAGUUGGUGUGAUUCCAGUGCAAGACAUGAAACAGGAGGUGAACCCAGAGGAGAGGAAGAACAGAAAGAAGAUGAAAAAGAUCAGGAAGAGGAGGAAGACCCGUACACUUUUGCUGAGAUUGAUGACAAUGAAUAUGACACGAUACUGGCCAAGAGGAGUACAAAGAAAAAGCUUGGAAGUCGGUCAUUCAUUAUGAACAGACCUCCUGCUCCCACACCACGACCCACAAACAUCCCUCCAAAAGAGGAAACUACACCUUAUAUAGCGCAAGUGUUUCAACAAAAGACUGCCAGAAGACAAUCUGAUGGUGACAAGUUCCAUGGUCCUAAGAAACAAGACAGAUCUCGGAUGGAGAGUCAAGCCUUUUCCACCAUAAGGGACUGCCUUGCUGCUGGGCAGGAGGAACUCAUCCUCCUGCAAGAGAAAGUCAAGAAUGGGAAACUCUCUGUGGACGAAGCCCUGGAGAAAUUUAAAUACUGGCAGAUGGGAAAGACUGGCCUGGAAAUAAUUCAGCAGGAAAAACUACGCCAACUACGAGAUUGCAUUAUUGGGAAAAGGCCAGAAGAAGAAAAUGUCUAUAAUAAGCUCACCAUUGUGCACCAUCCAAAUGGUAAUGAAAAUGCCCACAAUGAAAAUGUGUCAUAUAACAUACCCUUUGGCAAUAAGCUUCCUGCUCGACUCCAAGUUGAAAAGGAAUUUGGUUUCUGUUGCAGGAAAGAUCACUAAAGAAGGUUAUUAUAAUAAAACUCAAGAAUCUGCAGACACUUCUGGGUGAAGCAAGCUUGCAUUUGGAUUGCCUGCUGUCUUCAGGACAAAUCUAUACUAUGAAAGCAGAAGCAAGCUUUUGAAUUUCAGAAUUUGUUAUUGACACAAUUUAUUGGCAUUAUACCUGCUUCAGAUGAGUAUAUCAACAUUAAAAUUGAAUGUGUAGAGCAAUUGCAUUCUUUGAAACUUCUUGCGUUUUACAAUGCAUUUUGCCACUGAAGCAGCUAUUUCCCAUUUUUAAAAUUAAAGAAAAACAAGAGCAGAGAAGUUAAAUGCUCUGUAGCAAAGUUACUGGGCCUGUUUAAUGGGCUAACCUUAAUCGUUUACUCCCCGCUACACUUAGAAUAAGCAUAAAAAAUACAAAUUUGUUUUGUACAUAUUUGCUUUUCCAGUGGAUGGUCUAUUUUCUGAAUUUCUCACAUACAAAGCUCUAAUUAUUAUUGUCACAUCAUGUUUGCA